GUAAAGAGACUGGAGAGGAAAGAGACCCCUGAGGUAAAGAGACUGACUGGAGAGGAAAGAGACCCCUGAGAUAAAGUGACUGGAGAGGAAAGAGACCCCUGAGAUAAAGUGACUGGAGAGGAAAGAGACCCCUGAGAUAAAGUGACUGGAGAGGAAAGAGACCCCUGAGAUAAAGUGACUGGAGAGGAAAGAGACCCCUGAGUAAAGAGACUGACUGGAGAGGAAAGGGGCUCCAAUGAGGUAAAGAGACUGACUGGAGAGGAAAGAGGUCCCUGAGGUAAAGAGACUGACUGGAGAGGAAAGAGGUCCCUGAGGUAAAGAGACUGACUGGAGAGGAAAGAGGUCCCUGAGGUAAAGAGACUGACUGGAGAGGAAAGAGGUCCCUGAGGUAAAGAGACUGACUGGAGAGGAAAGGGGUCCCUGAGGUAAAGAGACUGACUGGAGAGGAAAGAGGUCCCUGAGGUAAAGAGACUGACUGGAGAGGAAGGCAACUCCUCAGGUAAAGAGACUAGUGAGGAAAGAGAUCCCUGAGGUAAUAAAAGACAGCCUGCAGAGAAAAGAGACCACAGAUGUAAAAAAGAGAGACUGGAGGUGAGGAGACCAGGAGGUAAAAGGACAGACUGGAGGGAAGGAGAUCCCUGAGGUAAAGAGACAGACUAGAGAGGAUAGAGGUCCCUGAGGUAAAAAGAGACAGACUAGAGAGGAUAGAGGCCCCUGAGGUAAAAAUAAAAAGUCAGCUUGGAGUUCUCUGAGGUAAACAGGCUGGAAAGAGACCAUUGAGGUAAUGAGACAGACUAGAGACGGAAGAGACCCCUGAGGUAUUGAGAGACUACGGAGGAAAGGCGGUCAGAAUAAAGAAAUAGGAGUGAAACAUGAGGGACUGACUUAGAAGGAGUAUAUAGAGAGACAGACAAGAGGCAGAUAGUCCUCCGACAUACAGGUUCAGAAGACCCCUCUGAGACUGACAGCUGGAGAAGUGACAGGGAUAAUAAGAGACAGCUUUGAGUAGAUGGAGCAGCAUGUAGAGAAUGAGAGGGGAGUGGGACUAUUUAAGCAGAUACAUCUCUCGAGGACUCUCCAGACUGCCCUGCUGGUGUGAGACAUCUGCGCUUUGUGAAGGAGACUCCAGCAUCCAUGAAGCAUAAAACAUAUAGGCUUCCUGAUAUAUCUCACCCUGUCACAUGAGAGCGCUGCAACCUGAAGUCGUCUCUGGGAAGAAGACACCACAUGUGCCAAAGAAUACUUCCAUGUGCCAAAAAAAACUCUUUGAAUGGGAAGAGGCUUAAUCCAUCUCUCCUGGAAGAAGCAGAAGUAAGACAAUCCUUUGAGGACUUUCUUCAGAGUCAGGAAUCCUGGGUGACCUUCGCCCGCGGGGUGUGACAGUGACGAUAUACACACUACCUGCUGCAGCUCCCGGUGGCAGACGUCUCUCAGUCACAGACAUGGACGGCUCUCAGGAACUGAUGGAGAGGUAUCAGGCUGCAGUCCAGGGCUUCAGAGUGCCUCCUUGUGGCUGGAGGAUCUGUCUGGCACAUGAAUUUCAGGAGAAGAGGAAACCCUUUCAAUUGGAGCAUGUGUCCGCCACCAAUAGGCUGGCUCACCUACCUAUGGGUGUCCGGUAUCUCAUGUGGUGGCUACGCAAGACAUAUGUGGAGAAGAAAGCACCCUUUAUAGACAUGUUCAACUCGGUACCUUUACGUCAGAUCUAUGGGGCCCCCCUUGGAGGAAUCGGUGGAGGAACCAUCACACGGAGCUGGAGAGGGGAGUUCUGCCGCUGGCAGCUGAAUCCUGGACUGUACCACUACAAGACGGUGACCGAGAACCAGUUCACCGUGUGCGUGCGGCGGAGGGGUCAGACCGUUUACCAGCAGGUUCUGUCUACUGAGCGUCCUCACACACUGCAAGGAUGGAACUGGGGGUACUCCGGCUCUCAGGCUUACUACCAUGCCUUGUAUCCACGAGCCUGGAGCGUCUACUACCUGCCCGGGCAGAGCAUCACCUUAACCUGUCGGCAGGUGUCUCCAGUGAUCCCUCAUGACUAUAAGGACUCUUCCCUGCCGCUCGCCGUCUUCAUUUGGGAUGUGGAGAACUCCGGCAGCGAGGAUGUGGAGGUUUCUAUUAUGUUCACAGUGAGGAACGGCAGCGGAGCCCGAAGUGAUGGCGCCGGGGGCCACUGGAAUGAACCGUUUCAGCUGCGCCAAGAUGGAGAGUCCGUGUCGGGGGUCCUCCUACAUCACUGUACCGCCUCCAAUCCCUUCACCCUGGGGGUGGCGGUGCGGGCAGGAGUCAACUCUUCUCACUGCACUAACUUUGACCCCACCGGGAUGGGGCAGGAAGUAUGGAAGGACCUCCUGGAGGACGGCCGCCUGGACUCCCCCACAGGUGCCAGUUCUCCCACCGUGAAAGGUCAGAAGACGGCGGCGGCGGUGGCGGCCAACUGCGGAGUGACCUCGGGAGGGCGAGGCACCCUGGAGUUCUGUCUCUGCUGGGAUAUGCCUAGGGUCCGCUUUGGUUCUGGAGAGAAGGAGUAUUCCAGGCGCUACACCCGCUUCUAUGGCAGCGAGGGGACAGCCGCCCCAGCCCUCUGUCUCUACAGCCUAUCCCACUAUGAGGAAUGGGAGCAGAAGAUCGCGGCCUGGCAGGAGCCCAUCCUGCAAGACAGCCUUCUGCCGUCCUGGUAUAAAUCCGCCCUGUUUAACGAGCUCUACUUCAUGGCGGACGGCGGCACAAUCUGGGUGGAGGUCGCGGCCGAUGAAGCUGAUGACGAACUCCUGAAGCGGGGAGAACAUCAGAUGCCGGGGAUGAGGAGUCUGCUCCGAGAAUAUGGACGCUUCGCUUACCUGGAAGGACAGGAGUACCGCAUGUAUAACACGUAUGACGUCCAUUUCUACGCCUCCUUUGCCCUCAUCAUGCUGUGGCCUCAGCUGGAGCUCAGUCUUCAGUACGACAUGGCGGCCUCUGUUCUUCUGGAGGAUCCAGAGAGGAGAAAGUACCUCAUGAGUGGCUCUGUGGCUCCGGUAAAGAGCAGAAACGUGGUCCCUCAUGAUAUUGGAGACCCUGAUGAUCAACCGUGGCAGAAACUCAACGCCUAUCUGAUCCAUGACACUGCCGACUGGAAGGACCUGAACCUCAAGUUUGUGCUGCAAGUGUAUAGAGACUACCACAUAACCAAGAACUCCACCUACCUAAGAGAUAUGUGGUCAGUCUGCAAGGCUGUCAUGGACACUGCGCUGAGGUUUGAUCAGGACGGUGACGGGCUAAUAGAGAACUCGGGGUUCGCCGAUCAGACGUAUGAUGGUUGGGUGAUGAGCGGGCCAAGCUCGUACUGCGGGGGGCUCUGGUUGGCCGCCGUGUGUAUGAUGUGUCGGAUGGCCGAUGAUCUUGAGGACAGAGAGGCACACAGCAAGUUCUCCAGUAUUCUCACCCGAGGGAAGGAAGCCUUCGAGAAGCUCCUCUGGAACGGAAAGUACUACAACUACGACUGUGGGGAGCAGUCCUACUAUAACAGUGUCAUGUCCGACCAGUGUGCCGGGCAGUGGUUCCUCCGAGCGAGCGGCCUGGGCCAUGGACAGAACGAGGUGUUCCCCUCUGCUCAUGUGCUCAGUGCCUUGCAAACCAUCUAUGAAUUAAAUGUGAAGAAGUUUGCAGAUGGUCGGAUGGGAGCGGUGAACGGAAUGCGUCCCGACGGCACUGUCGACACAUCCAGUGUACAGUCGGACGAGGUCUGGAUCGGAGUAGUAUACGGACUGGCUGCCACCAUGAUUCACGAGGGCCUGGUGGAGGAAGGCUUGAAGACGGCAGAAGGUUGUUACCGCACGGUCUGGGAGCGCCUGGGCAUGUCCUUCCAGACCCCGGAGGCAUACUGCGAGAAGGAGAUCUACCGCUCCCUGGCAUACAUGCGACCACUGAGUAUCUGGGCAAUGCAGCUGGCACUGGCGGAGAAGGCCGGAGCGCAGAAGACCUCUGACUGAAUAUCGACACCUCAUUCCCAUCAGGACCCUCUGUAUUCAUGCCCCACAGUGUUUAGGGUAGAUCACAUGACCUCUGGGGGGCGGUCACAUGAUUUCCGACAUUAUAUCAUCUACCUCCUUCCUACCCCUUGGAGGCGCUGCUGGGACUUGUGUAGCAAUCACUGAAGACACGGACAAUGAAGUCGGGGUCUCCGACUGGUAUUAUUUAUGUUUGAUGAGAAAUACUACAGCAGUGGAUGAGAUGACUACUACUCCCAGUGUUCAGGGACCUUACACCAGAGUAUUACACCCCCUGCUGUAUACCCCACUCUAGUAUUACUGCAUCUCUUCUCCACAUCUGCCUCCUGUCGUGGGGUUUUACAUUUGGCUGCCGGCGCAUGACAGCCUAGUCUGAACAGAGGCCACUGCACCCUGGUUUGGUUUUAGUAAAAUCAGCUGGUUUGGUUUUUUUUGUGCCGGUGGUCCCUGGUUGACACUUCUGAAGGCCACGGAUCCAAAUCGCUGCCAUGGUGGUGAUCACAUGACCAAGGUGCCGGUGGUCCCAGUGCUGGUCUCUAGCUAUGACCAUGAUGCUGGAGUCACCUGUGUGGGUUACAGUCAGGGAUUGGUCACCAUGACAAGUGAUCUGCCCCCACCCGAGCAGGACCCAGCGUCCCACAAACCAUUCUAGAAAGGUUCUUGAUAUCUGGAAUGAAGGAUGAGGUCUGGAGAGGCAGCAAUCUGCUAGACUGGAGCCAGUGGAGAACCUGGAGGUGCGCAGUCCAUAUGAAUUACACACCAGUUGCCGUCAGUAUUCGGGGCAGAUGUCCCAGCAGCUGCGCUAUUCCUGCACGUGAUGACGAGAUAGCACUGGGCUGCACGUACUAGCCAAGACAGGAUAGAGGGAGACUUGCCCAUAGCAACCAAUCAGAGCUCACCUUUCACAGCUUCUUUGGAAAAUAAAAGGUGGAAUCUGAUUGGUUGCUGUGGGCACCUAAGCCAGUUCUAUGUUACACCAGUUUGAUAAAUGACCCCAAUAAUGGGUCUGUGCCAAAAAUCUGUCUAAAAAGUGCCGCAGAUUGGCACGUCUAGGCUUUCUCUUAUCCAAGGUGGUAGGACCUAAGAUGCAUCAUUCUGUGCCGCAAUUCUGGUGUAAAAAACCUGGGUAAGCCAAUCUAUAGUCGGUCAGCAAACAGUGCCUGAGCCCCUGUGCUAGACUGCUGGGGUAAACCUAGUAAAUCUGCCCCACUGGACCGAAGAACGUUAGCUGAAGCUAAAAGGAAGGUUACUCGGCAGUCAGGAACGAGCUCUUACCAAUCCCAGGAGCCGCCUAUCUGCAGAGUCAGCACUGGUCAGAUCCAUCCUAAAAGGCACCGAAGAUGACUCCUUGUCUUAGCUCUCCAGGCUUUCGUCCGUUACACAUGGUGCAUGGCGUUUCUCCAUCCAGGUUCUUUAUAUGAAAUGUCACGCUGGAGAUGCCAAGAAGUGGAAAAGGCAGAAACAUCUCUGAAUCCCUGCACAACCUGUAUCAGAACGCUCUCAUGAUCCGUCAUGGGAGAAAUGAACACAAUGAACCAUUUAAAGGGGUGGUUUACCUUUGGGAACUUUCUGCCAGACCAGUGGAGGGAAACGUGCUCCCCUGCUCCCACUGCUGGAUGCUAGCUCCUACCACGUGUUGGUCCUGCUCUUUUUGACGUGGGUCAGGUAUGUCUCUGCAGCCGAUUACUUGCUGCCACGGCGUUGUGUCCCUCAAGCAUCACAUCAGUCAUGUGACCACCAAGGCCAGUCAUUGGUUGCAGCUCCACACAUGACUCGCGUCAGGCCGGAUGUUGACAAGUGAGACCAUAGUGCGGGGGAGCAGGUGAGUAUGCUUCCCUCCACAGGACCCUCAAAAGUCAACCACUCCUUCAAGGCUUUUAUGAGAAGUAUGAUACAUGCUUGUCAGUCUCCUAAAGCCACAAAGUAGUUAUAAACGACUGCUGCUUCUCUGACAAAAGCUAUGGGACAGGCUGUAAGCUAACCCUGCAGGAGGCUGCCUCCAGGCAGUUGGCAAGUCAAAGGCUUUGGCCUUCAUGAACACCGCGAGCCAAUUGAGAUAUUGGCGGAUCUUGCCAUAAUGUACGAUGCUUGUGAGGAGUGCGCCAUCCCUUCUUUACAGAGACAAGACAGAGGCUGAAACUCAGCACAUGACAUAGGGGAACUGUAAAGCCAGGGGCGAUUCCCUGGUAUUCCUCCGUUAACCGCUAAACAGGGAUAUGGACUUUGCUGCAGGAAGCCAACCAGGCUGCAACCCUCCGAGUAGAAACUGGUACGAAGCAUUGGAGAAGUAGACAAUACUCUUAGGAUCAGGGCAGGAAGAGUACGUACAUAUCCCUAAUACAAAUCCCAGGGCAGGCAGUGUGGGAUCAGAGUCAGUAAA